CCGUUGACUGACGGUGGUAGGCGUGGCCAGUCCACCAAAAGGCACGGGGGCGUUUUCGUGCGGGGUUCGCCGGACGGUGCUUUGCGGCGGAAGCCUCAGUGAACGUCGCCCCCCUCCCCUAGUGGGGCCGGAGGAGCACCGGAUUAGGUGAUGCUCCAUCAGCCAGCAGGGGGCGUGUCCUGGCUGCAGCCCCUCCCUGCGGCGACGCCUACAGGAUAGGAUCUCUCCCUUGCCGCCGGAGUCCCGCACGGCCGAGCCGCGUGGCGCGGAGGCGGCAGAGAUGGGCAGCCCGGGCUACGAGGUGGCGCCGGUGGAGCCCGAGGAGGUGUGCUCCGAGUGCGGCCAGGUGCACCGCAGCCGGGAGAACCACCUGUACAACUACGGCCUGGAGGUGGACGACGACCUGGUGUGCCACAUCUGCCUGCAGCCGCUGGUGCGGCCGCUGGACACGCCCUGCGGCCACACCUUCUGUGCCCGCUGCCUGCGCAGCUUCUUGCAGGAGAGGGACUUCUGUCCGCUGGACAGGACGCGGCUGCAGCUGGCGGCGUGUCGGCGCUCCAGCAUCCUGGUGCACAAGCUGCUGGACAAGCUGCCCGUCUGCUGCCCUUUGACCCCAGUCUGCUCCCUCAGCAUGCCCAGGUGUGACCUGGAGGCACACCUCAAACACAGGUGUCCAGGAACACUCUGCCAGCAGACCAGUGUGGAGGCUCCCCACAAGGACAGCGGGGACGAGCGAGCCAUGGUCAGAAGUCCUCCCCGCUCCCCGCAGACCCACCUGGAGGACCUCACCCCGCCCCCACCCGACAGCGGCGAGGCCGAGGUGGCCAUGAGGACGGAGGAGGUGGGAGUGGACAACCCCGCCUUUGAGGAGAGCACGGAGGAAGAGAGUGUGCUUCUCCCCAGAGUCAAGCGUCCUCUCAGCAACCCAUGCAUCCACCUGCUGCGCUCUGUUGGCUCCGCCUCCUCCGGCUGGGACUGCCCGGAGUCUCCGCCUCUUUCCGCAGAGGAGGGCUGCGUCAAGCUGCCGCCGCUCCCCGAGGGCCAGAUAACGGCGGUGGAGGUGCACCGCACCAACCCCUACGUGGAGCUGGGCAUCAGCAUCGUGGGCGGCAACGAGACCCCCCUCAUCAACAUCGUCAUACAGGAAGUGUACCGGGAUGGCGUGAUCGCAAGAGAUGGACGCCUACUGGCGGGCGACCAAAUACUCCAGGUCAACAACGUGGACAUCAGUAACGUCCCCCACAGUUUCGCCCGCUGCACCCUGGCGCGCCCCUGCACCACCCUGCAGCUGACGGUGCUCCGAGAGCGCCGCUGUGCGUCCCGAGCCCCGCCCCCCACCCCCGCCCCGUGCUCCAGCCCCGAGGGCAACCCCCCCAGCCCGGUGUCCGUGAGGAUCACCCUGCACAAGCGGGACUCCACGGAGCAGCUGGGCAUCAAGUUGGUGCGGCGGACGGACGAGUCAGGCGUCUUUGUGUUGGACCUGCUGGACGGGGGCCUGGCGGCCAAAGACGGCCGCCUGCGCAGCAACGACCGCGUGAUGGCCGUCAACGAGCAGGACCUACGCCACGGCACGCCGGAGCAGGCCGCGCAGAUAAUACAGGCAAGCGGCGAACGAGUCCACCUGCUGAUCGGCCGAGCCGACAAACCCACUCCGCCUCCAAACUCCAGCUCCACCAGAGAUCUCUACUGCCUUGAUCACUUCCUGCCUAACCACGGCGCCGGUCCGGCGCCCGUGCACCUUCCGCGCAGCAGCACCCACAGGGACGUCACCUGCCAGGAGAAGCACAUCACUGUGAAGAAAGAACCCCUGGAGUCUCUGGGCAUGACGGUGGCAGGGGGGCGGGGCAGCAAAAGCGGCGAGCUGCCCAUCUUCGUCACCAGCGUCCAACCGCACGGCUGCUUGUCCAGGGACGGGCGAAUCAAGCGAGGCGACGUCCUGCUGAGCAUCAACGGCCAGGACUUGACCUCCCUGAGCCACGGCGAGGCGGUGGGCACGCUGAAGACCAGCGCCGCCUCGCCCUCGGUGCAGCUGAGGGUGCUGGAGGUCAGCGUGGUGGAGCAGCGCCACCGCGACCAGCUGCUGCCGCACGCUCACGACUGCGACUUUGACGCCAACUGGUCGCCCUCCUGGGUCAUGUGGCUCGGCCUGCCCAGCUCCCUGCACAGCAGUCACCACAUCGUGCUGCGCAGGAGCCACCCUGGCAGCUGGGGCUUCAGUAUUGUGGGCGGCUACGAAGAAAGCCACGCCAACCAGGCCUUCUUCAUCAAGACCAUCGUCCUCGGCACGCCGGCGUACUACGACGGACGCCUCAAGUGUGGAGACAUGAUCGUGGCCGUCAACAACCUGUCCACAGCAGGAAUGAGCCACUCGGCGCUGGUGCCCAUGCUGAAGGAGCAACGCAGCAGAGUGGCUCUGACCGUGGUCUCCUGGCCCGGCAGCCUGGUGUAGGACCAGAACCUUCUAGUCCGAGGACAGAUAGUGCCAUGCCUUCCACAGACUGUUCAUCUCACACUUCAGUGGACCUUGGAAGACCUCCUGACCUGAGGUCUUAUUAAUAUUCAUGAGUAACCUGCCCUCCAUCACCAUGACAACCAGCUGUACUUUUAUACAUGUCCUAUUUCUUUAAUAAAUAUAAGUCCAU